UACUUACCAUCCUGUUCUUUACCUCCAGGUCCUGAUUAUGAUAUAAGCCAAUGGACUAACGAGAAAGAGAAGCUGGGGCUGGAUUUCCCGAACCUCUCCUAUCUCAUUGACGGCCAGACAAAGCUCACGCAGAGCAAUGCUAUCCUCCGCUACGUAGCGCACAAACACAAGAUGGCUGGCGAGAGUGAGGAGGAGAUGCAGAGAGUGGACAUGCUGGAGAACCAGGUGAUGGAUUUCCGCCUGGCCUUUGCAAGGAUCUGCUACAACCCUGACUUUGUGAGUGCAUCCCUGCUCCCCUGGGGGUGUGGGUCAUAGCUGGACUGCAACAGAUGACUCAGGAGGGUCACAUGAGGUUAACAGGUGUAGAUAUAAUCCAGAGCUUUACAAGCCUCCAUUAAUUACCUGGGAAGAAGAGUAGUUAUCCCCAUUUUACAGAGGUGGGGGAGAGAGAAGUGAUGUGACUUGCCUGAGAUCCCACAGUAAACCAAUAGCAGAGGUAAGAUAGAAUUUGAGCCCUCCCUAGAUUCAACACUGCCUGUUCCCCCAUCCCACUCUGCCUCACAGACAAAGAGAGGUGGAAUUGGUCAGGGAUUAUGUGUCAGAGCAGACCAGUCUGUGAAGUCUAUUACGGCUCCUCUUUAGCCACAGCCUCUUCCUUCAAAGGAAGGUGAAUAAUUUCUAUCAUGCAUCAGACUAGUUACCUGAUGUUGGCAUGGGAGGGAGGAGAGUG